CUUUCUCUUAUCGACUAGUCUGCAUUUGGCCCUGUCCGAGGAGCUCACAGCCUUCACGACGCCGAGGAGCCGGGCUGCGACCUGCAAUUCAAAGUUCAUUUUUUUUUGUCGUUAAAAUAAAUUUAAAUAGAGUUUUAAAGGGUAAAAGCUUUAAAACAAAAAAGAAGAUGUUUAAGGUGAUCUUCUUGGCCGCUCUCACCGGCUUCACCUGGGCCAGUGAUGUGAUCGAUUACACGGAUGAUGAUUUCGAAAGCAGGAUUGGAGACCACGGAAUGGCUCUUGUGGAGUUCUUUGCCCCGUGGUGCGGCCAUUGUAAACGUCUCGCACCCGAGUACGAGGCAGCCGCCACGCGCCUGAAAGGCAUCGUCUCUCUGGCCAAGGUUGACUGCACAUCCAGCAGCAACAUAUGCAGCAAAUAUGGUGUCAGUGGCUACCCGACGCUGAAGAUCUUCAGGGAUGGAGAGGAAACUGGUCCCUAUGAGGGUCCCAGAACUGCAGACGGUAUUGUCAGUUUCCUGAAGAAGCAGGCUGGACCAGCUUCUGUGGAGCUCAAGACUGACGCGGACUUGACGAAGUAUACGUCGGAACAAGACGCAAGUGUUGUUGGGUUUUUCGCUGACGACAAGAGCACAGCACAGGUAGAGUUCAUGAAGGCCGCCAGCGCCUUGAGGGACAACUACCGCUUCGCCCACACCAACUCUGAGGCUCUCCUCCAGAGCCACGGCAUUGAUGGAGAGGGAAUUGUCCUUUUCCGCCCACCGAGACUCAACAACAAGUUUGAAGAAAGCUCGGUCAAAUACAGCGAGGACAAAUACACCAACAGCAAAAUCAAGAAGUUCAUCCAGGACAACAUCUUUGGAAUCUGCCCCCACAUGACUGACGACAACAAAGACCAGCUGCGGGGGAAAGAGCUGCUGGUGGCUUAUUAUGAUGUUGAUUAUGAGAAAAAUCCCAAAGGCUCCAACUACUGGAGGAACAGGGUGAUGAAGGUAGCCAAGGGCUUCCUCGAUCAGGGCAAGAAGCUGAACUUCGCCGUGGCCAGCAAGAGCGCGUUCAGCAACGAUGUGUCCGAGUUCGGCAUGGAUGGAAGCUCGGGAGAACUGCCUCUGGUGGCCAUCCGCACCGGCAAGGGAGACAAAUACGUCAUGACCGAGGAGUUCUCUCGAGACGGUAAAGCUCUGGAGCGGUUCCUGCAGGAUUACUUUGAUGGCAAGUUGAAGCGUUACCUCAAAUCCGAGCCUGUCCCAGAAAACAACGAUGGGCCCGUCAAGGUCGUCGUGGCUGAAAACUUCGACUCCAUCGUGAACGACGACGGCAAAGACGUGCUGGUCGAGUUCUACGCUCCAUGGUGCGGACACUGCAAGAGCCUGGAGCCCAAACUCCAAGAGCUGGGAGAGAAGCUCUCCGGUGAUCCCAACGUUGUCAUUGCCAAGAUGGACGCCACAGCAAACGAUGUGCCAACUCCAUAUGAAGUCAGCGGGUUCCCCACUCUGUACUUUGUGCCAGCCGGACGUAAGAUGAGCCCAAAGAAAUACGAGGGAGGCCGCGAGGUGAGCGACUUUGUCUCCUACCUGAAGAGGGAGGCCUCCAACCCGCUGGUGGUGGAGGAGACCAAGAAGGACGUCGACAAAGACAAGACCGAGCUAUAAAAGCUCAUGACAGGAACUCGACAUCCCCACCACAACAGGAGGAGGAUUGGGGGAAUCAUGCAAAGAAAGAACUAAAUUAUCAUCCACUCUUAGUGAACUACCGAAUGCUCUGAGGCCAAGUCGAAAAAGACGCGGCCCUCCCUUUAGGUCCUCCGCUGCUCUGGGAAAUCUGUGGAAGGUGGUGGACAGGGCCUGCCCGAUGUUUAAAAACAAAAACAAAUUUUUAGGGAAGAGGGGACCGCUUUUUGAAAAUUGAGAUUUUUAUUUCCCCUGGUCUGUCUACUACACCUCAGGCUGAUGCACUUUGGUUUGACUCCUGUCUCCAGUCAUCUGUCACUUUGGUUUUUGUUGUUAUCUUGGGGGAUAAUGGUAUUGGUGAAUUCCUAUUUUUUUUUUUUUUUUUUUUUUUUUUUCCUGUUUGUUUUUGUAACAUGUCUUUGUUUUUGUACAUUUGGAAGGAUUGUGAAAUAAA